UAAAUUCUUAAGACAAAAUGGAAGAGAAGAUAUUAAAUUCUUUUAGUAGAGAAGGUACUAAAAAGAUAUCAAUUAAUGAAGCAAGAAAGCAAAGAAAGAAAUAUGGAAACAAAUCUAUGGAAAUUCAAAAUCAUUUUAGUCAUCCAUUCAAGCCGCCAGGAAGUUGGAAUACUUUCAAAUAAAUCACCUGAUAAAAUUCUCUCAGAAUCUCUAAAUCAUAGUCAUAACAUUGACCUAAAUUUUGACUCUAUGUGCUACAAAGAUGGUUUAAAAUGGAAGAAUAAGCCUGUUAUGGUUUUCAACAAUAUCAGCUUACUUUCAGAGUCAAUCCAAAGCUGUUCAAACAACUCCAAAAGGGAACCUGAAAUUAAGCUCUCAGAGCCUAGUUUGAUGAGGUAUCAGGUUGAACCAGAGGUCCUCCUGACUCCUGAGCGGAUUAGUACCAGAGGAAAUUACACUAAUCAUCCUUUGGAAAGAUGUCUUCCAAAUCAGGUAAUAGCCUCUCCAGAGAGCAUUCAUACUCAGAGUACGAAGAGCAUCACUUGGAACAACAAAAGUGAUUCAAAUGACAUUUUUCUGUAUGAUUUGAGAGAUAAAGGCAUGCAGAUCAGUAGCGAAAGUGUAGUAGACCUUUUCAAUUUUAAAAGAUUCCCUUCUUCAACAAGUUGUGACAUAGAUGAUGUCAAUAUUUCAGAUGGCGAUACUGAUAGAAAAUCUAAUAAUGAAAACUUAUUUAGAAAAGAACUCUCCAGUAUUUAUGAGAAAACGAAUGAGAGCCAUACAGCUACAUGAGAAAGAAGUAAAAUGAGCAGAUCAAACGGCCAACCACUCCAAUUAGCUUUACCAAGCUCGACUGAGGUUAAUUUUUAUAAGAAAAGUAUCGAUCAAAUAGCUGAUAAAGAAAACAACCAUAAAUAAAAUAAAUGAAAUCCCUGCAGUAGCAAUUUCUGAACCUAGAUCAACAAUAACCCCUGGAAAAUCUCCAAACACAAAAUUCAAUUUCAAGCACCACAAAAAGCAAUCCCACAGACCCCUAUACAAAAGCUUAAUAUCCCAACGCAUCCCACUCGCCCACUCCACAAUCCCUCCCAACCCUCUCAGCAUAAAAACUUGUAGGAAAGAGCAGCCUUAAGGUGGGUAAGAAGGAAGUAGUGGGCAUGAAGAGAGUGGUUCAGCAGUCGAAUUUGAAUAAAGUGCUCCAAAAGGCUCAUUGGAGGAAGCCUUUACAAGGCUGUCCUCGCCAGCUUGCAAAUAAGGUCAAGGUCAAAGGCUGCCCAGAGAGGAAAAAGAAAAGGAAACCCAAAGGUAGAGAGCUCAAACAGGCAAGAGAUUUUUGGAAAAUUCAUCGAGAUUUUGUAGGAUAAGUUCUCCAAAGCUUGUCCAAGUUUUAAUCAAGAAUAAAUAUUAAUACUAUUCC